AACACACAAUGAUAACUUUAUUUCAGUUUGAUAUUCAGAAGCUUAACUGCGGUUGCUUUUAUAGUAGUAAAUUUCGUAAAAAAUAUAUAUUAGAAAAUAUUAAAUUCGUAUAAUUUAUAGUGUUAACUAGAACCAAAGUGUUAAAUAAUGGCUGGUGUCUUGUUAUUACAAUCUUCCCCGCCUAAAUUGGAGGAUAUUCAAAAACGAAUUUUUAAUAAAGACGCUCUUGAAUUCCUAGCAAAGUUGCAUAGAGAAUUUGAUGUAAAAAUCGAUCAACUUUAUAAAAAUAGGCUAAAAUAUGCAGUCGUUUUAAAAUCAGGUUCGCCUUUAAAAUUUAAAGAAUCUUCCGAAAGGAAAGACUUUUCAUGGAAGAUAGCUCCAUUACCUCCUAGGCUAAAUAAUCGUCAUUUAGAUUUAGGCGAUGUGUCAGCAUCGAAUUCAGCACAUUUCAUUGCUGCAUUAGACUCCGAUGUUCAGGGUGUCCAGGUUGACUUUGACGAUGGACACUGUCCAACAUGGAGAAACCAAUUACUCGCAUUCAACAAUAUCAAUCUUGCAGUGAAUGGUAAACUUCCUGGAGCUCCCAUUAGUAUUACCACUUGUCCCAUUUUAAUGCUUCGACCUAGAGCAUGGAAUAUGAUAGAUCACGAUAUUUUGAUUGAUGGUAAAGAAGCUAUUGGUGCUCUAGUUGAUUUUGGUAUUCUCAUGUUUCACAAUGCCAAGAAACUACAUGAAGCGAACAGCGGUCCAUACUUUUAUCUGUCCAAGUUAGAAGGUGCAUCCGAAGCUCGCCUUUGGAAUGAAAUAUUUGUAUGGACACAGAAACAGCUUGAUAUACCUCAACAAACUAUAAAAGCAUGUGUUUUAAUAGAAAAUAUUGUUUCAACAUUCGAAAUGGAUGAAAUAUUAUAUGCAUUGAAGGAUCAUUGCAUCGGUUUGAAUUGUGGUAUUUGGGACUACUGUGCUUCAAUUGUUGCAAAAUUUGGAGAUAAAAGAGAAUUUUUAUUGCCGGAUAGAAAUAAAUACGUAAAUAUGGACCAAAAGUUUCUCAACAGUUACAUGAAAUUGGUAGUUAAUACUUGUCACUCGAGAGGCGCUUUGGCUACCGGGGGCAUGGCGGCCGCAAUGCUCAAGCCGGGCACCGAUGGGACUGACGAAUCGUCGAAGAUCAUAGUGAACAAAGUGCUCGAAGCCAAGCUGAAGGAAAUCGAGGCGGGCGUCGAUGGCUUCAUGGUGUACGAUUCACGUAUUGUACCAUAUGUAAAUGAGCUCUGGAAGAAAAGCGGUGCAACUCCAAAUCAAAUUCAUCGCAUAUUAGACCUUAAAGUAACACCAGAGGAUCUAUUAUUGAUUCCAAGCGGUGGCGUCACUAUGCAAGGAUUGAAGCACAAUGUGGCGGUCACGAUCCUCUUCAUAUAUCACUGGUUGGCGGGUAUCGGUCAUUUCUUCUAUAGUGGUAAUGUUGAAGAUUCGGCGACUGCGGAAAUUUCUAGAACACAGAUUUGGCAGUGGAUUCGAUUUUCGCCUUAUUUGGAAGAAGAUUCAAAUAAACAAGUAACAUUGAAACUGGUCGAAAAGGUCGCGUCGAACUUCGCUGCGCACGCGCAUAAAAACCUCUGCCGCUCGAACGCGGAACGGAAACGACUCACAGCAGCCAUGUACAUGAGCUUAGAAUUAUUCCUAUGCCGAAACCCGCCAGAAUUUAUAACCAGCUAUCUAAACGACAAUCACAAAUUCAGAACAUUACAUAAUAAAUCGCUUCUGAGUAACCUUUAAAAACAUUUUUUUUUGUAAUGGAGAGGGGUAACAAAAAAAACUGUAAUAUUAUACACUGCAAACGGUUCUUGGUUAAAAUAUCUUCAUUUAUAGUAAAACACUUUCCACAUAAUUACUAUUAUUAUAUUCGCUUUAAUUUUACAUCCAAAGUUCC